GACACGGCCAGAGCACUGAGAGAUAUCAGGUAUUGAUGUAACUGGAGUGAAUAAGGGAACCUUCUUCCCAAGCACAGACCUUAGAGCCUGUUAUCAGCAUGAACUCAUGUGUGUUAGACAAACACUUGAAUAGUUCAUAUCCAUCCUUCGCUACAAGAAGCAUCUAAAUGAUACCACAACUCCAAAAUUCUUAGACACUAAUGACAAUUCACAAACUUGGGAAAUCACAGCAGCUAUUUAAAGGACAAUAGUAAUUGGCAGGAACUGGGCAGAAAUCUUUAUUUACAUUGAGUAAUUUAGUCUUCAAACAGUGGACAAGAUUUAUAACUUAUCUAGUGAAAUAAUUAUCCCAGAUGAUAAACCACACACAUUAACUGAGAUUUCAAAACAUUUUAAAGAAGGGAAAAGUCUACAGUCUUGCCAAAUGAUUCCUACAAAGGAGAAACCUUUUAAAUGUACAGAAUGUGAGAAAAGUUUUAGAUGGAAGUGUCUGCUCCUAGAACACCACAAAAUUCACACAGGUGAGAAGCCUCACACAUGUACUGAGUGCGGCAAAUGUUUCACACGAAUGACCGGCCUUUUAGCUCAUGAAAGGACCCACACAGGGGAGAAACCAUUCAGUUGUACAGAGUGUGGAGUACAGUUUACACAAAGUUCCAAUCUCUUAUCUCACAAAAGAAUUCAUACAGGAGAAAAACCUUUCGUAUGUACAGAAUGUGGGAAAAUGUUUGCAGACAGGUCAAGUUUGCGAGCACACCAUCGUAUUCAUACAGGGGAAAAUCCUUUUAAAUGUGCAGAGUGUGGGAAAUGUUUCACAAAGAAGUUUUUUCUCAUAUCACAUGAAAGGACCCACACAGGGGAGAAACCAUUCACCUGUACUCAAUGUGGAAAAAGUUUUAAACAGAAGAGUAAUCUGAAAAUUCAUGAAAGGAUUCACACAGGAGAAAGACCUUUCAAAUGUGCAGAGUGUGGAAAAUGUUUCACACAUAAGAAUGACCUCAGAAAACAUGGAAGGAUGCAUACAGGGGAAAAACCUUUCUCCUGUACUGAAUGUGGAGAAAGUUUCACAAGAAAAUCUAGUCUCCUGCAACAUAUGAGAAUUCACACAGGGGAAACCCCUUUCACAUGUACAGAGUGUGGAAAAAGUUUUACACGAAUGGAUUGUCUGAAAACUCAUGAAAGUAUUCACACUGGAGAAAAGCCGUUCACAUGUACAGAGUGUGGAAAAAGUUUUACACGAAAGAAUAAACUGAAAAAUCAUGAAAGGAAUCACACAGGAGAAACCCCUUUCACAUGUACAGAGUGUGGAAAGUGUUUUACACGAAUGGAUUGUCUAAAAACUCAUGAAAAAAUUCACUCAGCAGUAAAGUCUUUCACAUGUACAGAGUGUGGAAAAAGUUUUACGCGAAUGGAUUAUCUGAAAACUCAUGAAAGGAUUCACACAGGAGAAAAACCUUUCACAUGUACAGAGUGUGGAAAUUGUUUUACACAAUUACAGUAUCUGAAAAUUCAUAAUAAGAUUCACACAGGGGAAGCACCUUUCACUUGUACAGAGUGUGGAAAAAGUUUUAUACAAAAGAGUAGUCUGAAAACUCAUGAAAAGAGUCACAAAGGAGAAAAGCCUUUCACUUGUACAGAGUGUGGAAAAAGUUUUACGCAAAAGAGUAAUCUGAAAAAUCAUGAAAGGAUUCACAAAGGAGAAAAGCCUUUCAAAUGUACAGAGUGUGGAAAUUUGUUUACAGAAAAGAGUACUCUGAGAAAACAUGAAAAGAUUCACAAGGGAAGAAACCUUUAACAUUUUUAGAAAGUGGAAAAAGGUUUCCAUGCAAGCCAGGUAUCACAAAACGCUAAAUAUUUACACAAAAUAAGAAAUUUUAUAUACUCAGUGUGGAAACAUUUUAAAAAUGAUCCUAAAGAGGACAAACUCUAAAAAUAAAAGUCAAAAAAGGAUGCUAUUGUAAAUAAUACUUUCUUUACCCCAGUUAUAAAAGCUGGGGGAGUGUCUAGGAGGCUGCCAUGGCUGGUCGCAAUUUAUGAAGCUCCCAGAGUACUACUGAAAAUCUGCUAGUUUCACUAGAUGAUUAAUACAAAUCUACUAUAUAUCCACAUGAUUUAAUCAUCUUAAAUAUUCCUGCUUCAAUUGAUAUAGAGAUCGCUCGCUAAUACAGUCUUGGACCUGACCUAGCCCAUUGUGCACUUUGGCAAAGGCCUAUACUCGAACUCUCAAUACCCCCUCGAUUCUCCGGGUCAAGCAGCUCUGGACCUGCUGAUCUAAUUCUCUCUAACCUCUUCCCUAAGGCACGUUAGGCGCAGCGAUGGGGGAAUCUCACAGCGGUGCAGUUCAUGUUGCCGGAACUAGAUCGAGCAAUCCCUGUCAGAUUUGAAAAUCUAAUUAAGAUCAUUAGGCCUAUACCUAUGCAUUAAGAUCCAAAGGCAAUAGACGAAGCACCUAUUCAACUGCCGAUAUUCCCUUUGACCUCUGCAAGUCAAGCAUGUGGAGUGAAUGAAGCGGAAAGCCCCAUACUAAAUUCCUGUCCAGAGGCUGAUUCGCCUAGAUGGUUGCCGUCUUUUGCUGCGGUCCCCUGAAGCAAAAACAUGCACAUUGUUUGGAAAGCACGCAGCCCAGUAUAUCUGGAAGGUACCGGAGGAGAAAUCUACUAUUGAUGCAGCCGGACCCUCUCAACUACUAACUCAGUUUUUAUACGACUCACUUUCUAAGUAGCCUACAGUUAACCACCAGACACCGGCUGUAUACCAGAACGUAUAUCUGCUGAGCAACAUAUGGCAACUAUCUAUUAUUACUUUCCCUGCCUGCUAUUUCAGAAUAAGUAUUGGUUUACCCUUAUGACAUAUUAGGAUGGAGGACAGUAUAAUAUAUUUAAUAGCUAGCUGACUGGACUCUAGCUGAUCUUUAUAUAGGAGAUAGAAAUAAGUGUCCUCAAUAUACAUUUAUUUAAUUCUGUGUAGUUUAAAUCUAUACAUAAAUCAGUAAGUUGUAAAAUAA